GCUGGACUUGAGUCACACACAAGUGAUCAGAGGAAGCCUGAGCGCAGACGAGAAUGCUGCUCAGCUGAAGCCUUCACCGGAGAAUCUCAGAGGAGCGUUGUGGUUUGAGCGCGAUCAUGAGCGUGACAUCCGGUUCUGAUCUGCUGAUGGACCCACCUCGACCUGACUCUGCAGCUGAGCCCUCCAUGUUUGGAGGCGCUUACCAGAUGCCCCCCUUGCUAUCGGCCAGUCCUGCGGGUUGGACACGGAAUGUCAGCAGUGAUUUGUGGCCACAAGGAAAUUUCACAAAGACUGUGGCUAAUGGUAGCGAACCGUUUGACCCGCUAGGAGGACACACUGUCUGGCAGGUCAUCAUCAUCGUCUUCCUCACCGGAUCACUGUCACUGGUCACUGUCGUGGGCAACAUCUUGGUUCUGGUGUCGUUCAAGAUCAACAAGGCUCUGAAGACGGUGAACAACUACUACCUGCUGAGCUUGGCUUUCGCCGACCUGACCAUUGGGACUCUGUCUAUGAACCUGUACACCACCUACAUCAUCAUGGACCAGUGGGCUCUGGGGCCGGUGGUGUGUGACCUCUGGCUCGCCAUCGACUACGUGGCCAGCAACGCCUCAGUCAUGAACCUGCUGGUCAUCAGUUUUGACAGGUAUUUCUCUGUGACCCGGCCGCUGACCUACCGAGCCAAACGCACCACCAAGCGAGCGAUGACCAUGAUCAGUUUAGCGUGGUCCAUUUCCUUCAUCCUCUGGGCUCCGGCCAUCCUCUUCUGGCAGUACAUCGUGGGUGAGCGGACGGUCCAACCGAACGAGUGCUACAUCCAGUUCCUGUCCGAGCCCAUCAUCACUUUCUGCACUGCCAUCGCUGCCUUCUACCUGCCUGUCACCAUAAUGGCUGUCCUCUUCUGGAAGAUCUUUCAGGAGACUGAGAAGAGAGCCAAAGAGGUGCAAGGCCUAAAGGGCUCAGGGUCCGGAAAUAAAGCAGGUAAGAAUCAAAGCAGAGGCGCGGAAGAGGGGGCGACGGGCGGGCAGAGGACUUCGUCCCCCAUGACCCGACAGAUAAGCUAUCAAAGCUGCAGCAGCUCUGAACUGAAUCAGACUUUGGAGAGGAACAAGGACAACCCAGGAGGGACAGAAAGAAGAUGUGCUGCUCUCUGCUGCCACCUCUCACUGCUGCCGGGUCGCCGAGCCUUCAGGUCUAUGAGCACCACCACCACCGUGGGGGAGGUGGAGCAGAGCAGCUGUGACAGUCUGAACAACAAUGAAGGGGCAGACGCGGAGGCUGACUCUUCUGCUCCAGAGGGCAAAAAGUCUCCAAGAGUGAAGAAGGACAGGCAAUCGUCUCCCUCCAACAAGAGCCAGUCCUCGUCUCCUGCUGACGGCUCGCCGGCAGCCAUCACCAUGAAAGAUGCAGCCAUGGCCAAACGCUUCGCCUCCAAAGCCAAAACGGAGAUUAACAAGCGCAAGAACGAGAAGAAGGCCAACGACAAGAAAGCAGCGCGGACACUCAGCGCCAUCCUGUUCGCCUUCAUCACCACCUGGUUACCGUACAACAUCAUGGUUCUGGUCAACACCUUCUGCCAGGACUGUAUCCCUGAGACGCUGUGGGCGCUGGGCUACUGGCUGUGCUACGUCAACAGCACGGUCAACCCCAUGUGCUACGCUCUGUGCAACAAGACCUUCAGAACCACCUUCAGGGACAUCUUGAUGUGUCAGUGGAAUCAGAAGAAGAACAAGCCAAGCUUCAACCAGAGGAGUGCGACAGGUUACCGAAAGAAAGAUCAGGUGUAGCAGGGAUCUGAGUCAAUAUAUUUCAUAAUUUUACGGUUCCAUGACGGCAGAUUGGACCUGAUGAGUGGGUUUUCGUGGAGGAGGUUUGUAACCUGUAAUCUGUGGUGAGGAAGGUCCUGCCUUUGUCCUGCUCAGCUCAGGUGGCAUGGCUGAUGGUGUGUGGUGAGUGGAAGUUUUCCAGCAGUGUCCUUCUAAAACACUUGCUUCAAGCAUGUCAUGGGAAUCUGCGAGUUUGCUGUGUCUCCUUUACAAGUGUGCACUUCCAGACUUGGUCAGGGUCACGUCGUUUUCUCUGCAUGGAAGUGUUUGCUAGAUUCACUCCUUUAUUUUCAUCAGUCUCUCAAAUCUUUUGCCCACGUCCUUCCUUGAUGCUCACCGCUGUCACGAGGCAUCGUCCAGCCCUGACGUAACUGAAAGGCACUGUGGGAGUGGUACUGCCCCAUGGAAGGGGUGAUGGCAGCCUGCUGCAUCAACUGGGAGGCACAGGAGGAGCCAGUGGUUCUAUGUUUGAUGGAGACAGACAUCCAAUGGGGCUGAAAGUUGCUCCGAUAAUUUGUCUGACUACCUUCAACCUCCUUCAACGCUUCACCGAUAUCAUCCACAAUAAUGCUGAACUGUCAUUCGCGAUUCUCAGGUGUCUGUUUUCUCUCCUCAGUAAAAUCAGGUGCACUACUGUUGUAUAAAUAAAGUCUGAGAGCAGUUGGGACGGACAAGCACUGUUCACAUGUCCAAUCCACAAAGAGGUCUUGAUAGUCGUGUAACGCUGCAGUACAGACUGCAGUUUUUUCACAGUACCAAGCUCACCACUGGUUUACCGAGUUCCUUGUGUAACAGCUCGUCCCUCACCUCUGGUUCCACGUGCGGUGAAGGCUGGCUAUAGUAAGGGCUCCACACUGGAGAGACUCAGAAACAGUUAUGCUUGCACAACUUGUUGUGAUGAUGAUUUUCCUUUUUUCUUGGCUUCUUGUGUGUUGUCUGAUUUGGACUUCCAUUUGGGGCUGUUUGCUCGCCUUAUUUUCUUCCUUUUGUAAUGAUUCAUACAUCAACAAGCUCAAAAGAGACAAAACAGCACCUGAAAUGAAAGAGUCUGGCCCAAAUCUGGUUUUCAGGAAAGUAGCAUGGCCUAAAACCAUAUGAACGGUGUGCAUGGUUGCAGACAAGAAUGUCUUCAUGAAGAGAAAGAGGGACUAUGUUAUCUUGUAUUUUUCCACAAAAGUGGUGUGAUAACAUGCGAAAGGAGUUAGUGAAAGCGUAGAGCCAUAUGAUGUGUGCAUGUAUUAAUAAAGUGUUUUAUUUAUGAACUCAAAUGCAUAAUGCAAUGCAGUUCCGCUGAAUGAAAUCUGUGCACCCUUGAAGAAGGUUGGCUGGGCACUUGUUUCACAUGAAUUUUUCUUUAGU